UCCAUCCGCCGCGGCAGAGAUCCCAGUAACACCCUGGCUACAGCCAUCCUUAUGCAGGGCACACAGGGACCAUCGUGAGCUUCACUGGUGCGUUGUUCAGCUUCAUUAACGGAGCCAUCCGCAAAUAUGCGGCCAUGUGCAAUUGCGACAUGUUCGAGCAUCCAUCUCACCGCCUUCGCGUCUGGAGUGUCCUUUGCGCGUCCUUGCGUGGCGUCUAUCUUUUGUCCUCUUCUCUUCUUAUCAUGCCUGUUGCAUUGGUCACAGGCACGUUCGACAAGCGGCGUUCUGGCGCUCAGUCAAAUUUGCUUGACAUGGACGCAUAUCUCACCCAAUAUGCUCUGUGAUAUGACCACUCGUCUUGUUGCGCAUAAGCAAGGAAUAUCUGUCGCGAAGGAACGCCAGUCGUGGAGGCUUGAGCUUCGUGGACAAGUCAGGUCUGGAUUGCAGAUGUAGGCUUCGACCUGGUAUCUCUCUACUUUGAACACUAUCAACUCCAAAGAAGACUC